AUGGACACGUCGGGGCACUUCCACGACUCGGGCGUGGGGGACCUGGAGGAGGACCCCCGCUGCCCCUGCCCGUCGUCGGGGGACGAGCGCCCGCCGCCCGCCGCGCUGCCGCCGCUCCAGCACAGCCUGUUGCACUCGUCGCCCGGGUCGCUGCGGGCCCCUCCUCCCGCCGCCCCCGCCGCCCUCCACCCUUCCUCCCGCCACGGCAGCCAGCUCAACCUCAGCGACCACUUGGCCGGCCACUCGCCGGGCUCGGCGGCGGGCGGCGGCAAGCACCGGCAGCCCAGCCCGCUGGUGCACCGCCGGGACAGCAACCCCUUCACCGAGAUCGCCAUGAGCUCCUGCAAGUACAGCGGCGGGGUGAUGAAGCCCCUCAGCCGGCUAAGUGCCUCCCGGAGGAACCUCAUCGAGGCGGAGCCCGAGGCGCAGCCGCUGCAGCUCUUCGGUGCCGGCAGCCCCCCCGAGAUCGUGGUCUCGCGUGAGGACAACCACGCGCCCCCCGCGCGGCCCCCUGCGCGCCGCGGCCCCCACGCCGACCGCCCCCACGCCCGCCCGGCCCCCGCCGCCUUCGCCAAGGGGCCCAAGCGCAAGGCGCAGAACAUCGGCUACCGCCUGGGCCACCGCCGCGCGCUCUUCGAGAAGAGGAAGCGCCUCAGCGACUACGCGCUCAUCUUCGGCAUGUUCGGCAUCGUCGUCAUGGUCAUCGAGACCGAGCUCUCCUGGGGGCUCUACUCCAAGGACUCCAUGUUCUCCCUGGCCCUGAAAUGCCUUAUCAGCCUGUCCACCGUCAUCCUGCUGGGCCUCAUCGUCGCCUACCACACGCGGGAGGUGCAGCUCUUCGUGAUCGACAACGGAGCCGAUGACUGGCGGAUAGCGAUGACGUACGAGCGCAUCCUCUACAUCAGCCUGGAGAUGCUGGUUUGUGCCAUACACCCCAUCCCCGGGGAGUACAAAUUUUUCUGGACAGCCCGUCUGGCUUUCUCCUACACGCCGUCACGGGCAGAGGCGGACGUGGACAUCAUCCUGUCCAUCCCCAUGUUCCUGCGCCUCUACCUGAUCGCCCGGGUGAUGCUGCUGCACAGCAAGCUCUUCACCGACGCCUCGUCCCGCAGCAUCGGGGCGCUCAACAAGAUCAACUUCAACACCCGCUUCGUCAUGAAGACCCUCAUGACCAUCUGCCCUGGGACGGUGCUGCUGGUCUUCAGCAUUUCCCUCUGGAUCAUCGCCGCCUGGACGGUGCGGGUGUGCGAGAGGUACCACGACCAGCAGGACGUAACCAGCAACUUCCUGGGCGCCAUGUGGCUCAUCUCCAUCACCUUCCUCUCCAUCGGCUACGGCGACAUGGUGCCUCACACCUACUGCGGGAAGGGCGUCUGCCUGCUCACCGGCAUCAUGGGUGCCGGCUGCACGGCCCUGGUGGUGGCCGUGGUGGCCAGAAAGCUGGAGCUCACCAAAGCCGAGAAGCACGUCCACAACUUCAUGAUGGACACGCAGCUGACGAAGCGGAUCAAGAAUGCUGCCGCCAACGUCCUUCGGGAGACGUGGCUCAUCUAUAAGCACACCAAGCUGCUGAAAAAGAUCGACCAUGCAAAAGUCCGGAAGCACCAGAGGAAGUUCCUACAAGCCAUCCACCAGCUGCGGAGCGUGAAGAUGGAGCAGAGGAAGCUGAGCGACCAGGCCAACACGCUGGUUGACCUCUCAAAGAUGCAGAACGUCAUGUACGACCUCAUCACCGAGCUCAACGACCGCAGCGAGGACCUGGAGAAGCAGAUCGGCAGCCUGGAGUCCAAGCUGGAGCAGCUCAGCGCCAGCUUCAACUCCCUCCCGCUGCUCAUCGCCGACAUGCUGCGGCAGCAGCAGCAGCGCCUGCUCGCCGCCGUCGUGGAGGCCCGGGGGGGCAGCGCGGCCGCGGGCACCCCGCAGACCCCGCUCUCCGAGAGCCCCAUCGGCGUCAGCUCCACCUCCUUCCCCACCCCCUACACCAGCUCCAGCAGCUGCUAAAGUGCAGAACAAGCCCCUCAGCCCCCCUCCCCGGGACGCGCAGCGGCGUGCGUGUGGGUCCCGCCGUCUACACGGACUUUCUCCUGGUUCUCGGACCGCCACAGGAACACUCGGACCAAGCCAGUGCCGCGCGCGCUGCCGAGCUGAUGCUCGGGGUUUGAUAACGCCUUGGAGUCGGAAACCUAAUCCCUGUUUAGGUGCCUCUACACGUCGUGAAGGAAGCGGACAGGAGGCGAAGCCUCUGGCAAGGCCCGUGCUGCAGUGUUCGGUGGAGGACAGAAAUCCACACUCAAUCUCAGGUCUUCACAUUGAAAAAAAAAAAAAAUCACGUCAGAAGCACUGAAGCAACGGAGACACCAGAGGGAGAGUAUUCCACUGUGUGGACCACGCGCGGGGCCGGGGCUGCGGCCAGCCCCGCUCCUCCCAGCCCGCUCGCCUCGUGGGGACGCCUGGGGCGGGAGGACCAGUCGCUUGCCAAGACGCAGAGCUCCCCUUGCCUUCUGCUCCGCUCGCAACUGCAAAGCCCUGGCGGGCAGAUGCCAAUAUCGUAAUUUCUUGCACAGGCUCUGACCUAAGAUGUCCAUGCUCAUCCCAUCUCCUUGCCAAGACAUACCCACGAGCACAUGCAUACAUCUGCUGCAUUCCAGGGUAGGUGAUGAUGUUUCACUUUAGCCUGAGUUUCUUCAGAGUAGUGAGUGUUUUCUGCUCAGGCAGAGCAAGUGACAGCUCUUCUUUUUGGCCCUCAGUGUGAUAUUCUGCCUGGAGCCAAGUGCUGGAGUCCAGAAAGCAGUGCCUAAAGCAGGCGGGAACGCCGGUCCCCUGGGAUCGGAGCGGUGCGCGGCACGCGGGAGCCGGCACCCGCCUCGUGCCCGAGGAAACGUGCCGCGAGCCGACGCCGUGGGCACGGUUUGGUGGCGCCCCGGAGGCCGGUGCCGCCGCUCGAGGGAAGCCGCGUGCAAACUGCCGAGCGUAAGAUCCAGGUGCCGGUGCCGCCCGCUCCGCGGGGGCGGCCCCGGGAAGCGGCCCCGGCCCGCGGUGCCACGCGGGGGAGACCGGGUCGCGCGAUGGAUCCCGAGUCGUCCGCUCCGCCACCCGCCCAGGACCGCCGUCGCGUUUCGGGAAGCAGCCGGGCACAUCUCCCGUCCUGGUGCUCUUUGAAGAGGCCUCAGAACUGACAGAUGAAAAAAUCAAAUUAGCUGCAAACACCAUCUUCUCUGGCAACAUGAAUGUACGCGUUCAAACUGAGCUGACAGCACCGAAUUCGCCUGGGUCAAACGGGGCUCACUGUAAAGUGAUGUAGUGCUGGGGAAGACGAGCACUGAGUGGGAUGCUUCAUCUGUUUAAAACAAAGACCGUCUUGUUCGCACUGAUCCUGCUGGGUUUGGUGGAGGACAGCAGCACCGUCCGGGGCGGCGCCGCGCUCGCCGGCAGCGGAGCUGGGCGCCGGCGAGCAGCCCGCCGCAGCGGCGGGCGGCUGGUUUUUGCUGGUGUUCACCUUUGCAGCGUGUGCCUGGGCAUCACCGAGGUGCUCCUGGCGGUGGUCUGUCCUCCCUUCGCUGGUCCCCUGCGUAGUUCUUCGUUCGGCCCCUUCGUGAUUUCCUGGUUCUGCCUGGUCCUUGCUCGGAGCUUCCUGCUGCCGGAAGGCUCCAGCUUAGUGUCUUAGCGCUUUGGGGAUGGUGUUUGCUGCUUUCAGUGAAAACUCAGCAGAGGAUAUUUAUAUAUUUUUAAACAGAUGAAGUAACCAUGUAAUUACUCCGUGAUAUUAAUUACACAUCACCCAGCAGUGUCAGUAAUUGUAAUCAAAGUCACUGUGUUACUCCAGGUA